AUGGACCGUGAACCUGAUGGUUUGCAAGUUAUGUCACUGAGACUGUCGAGAGUCCUGACGGACAUUGGUGUGACCAGACAGAUGGUUGCUCGGAGAAGGAGAACAUUCCUCAUGUUAGAGAAGAUACACACUGUAUCAAACACCGUAAAAAAUACUACAGACUGUGACUUUUUUAUCUUCGGUAGCCAAACGGAAGGAACAACAACUUUAGGCAUGGAUUCAGAUAUAGAUAUGGUACAAUGUGUACACGAUAUCAGGGUGAUUCUGGACAUGGCAGACUGGGAGCCAACAAAGCGAUGUCUUCUGGUGUUAAAAACCGAACUUUCUCCGCCCCAGCACUGCUGCUUGCUGAUGCUGAGAAAGGACUGUCCAUUGCCUAAAACACUGGACAUGGUGCCAGCAGAAUGCAAUUUGGCGGAGGACAUGGAUGGCAGAGUUCUACUGCCAAACACUUGGGCCGAUGGUGGAAUGAAGCAGGAAUAUGGUCGGUUAUUUAAGAAACAAGGACCAUCAAGAAGUGCUCACAAAGAUCUUGAUUUCAUAUGCGCGCUUAGCUACAGUGGUCUGCUGUUCGAAUGCAACUUUCUAUUCACAAGACCAAAGCCUGGUCAUUGGCCGAGACCUGAAGUACUCGUUAAGGCACGUCAAUGUGAUACAUACCUCGUCGCACAGGGACACGCUGAGAGCGAUCAGUCAAAACUGGACUGGAGAUUUUCUACUUCACAGAUUGAAAGACUACUCAUGUUCGAUCUCAAUAUUUUGCAAAUCCAGGUUUAUACAUUUCUUAAAAUCAUACGAAAGUCUUUCUUCAAACCAUUAGUUGGUGACAGACUGAGCACGUUUCAUUUCAAAACCGCUCUAUUUUUCACCCUCGAGACAUAUCCUCCAGAGAUAUGGCAGGAACAUAAAAUGCUGCAGUGUGUUAUAUACUGCCUUAAAACUCUUCAACGAUGGUUCAAACAUCGGUACUGUCCACAUUACACGAUCGCGGGAGUGGACCUGUUCGUAGGGAAACUGAGAAAAUGGGAGUUUCCUCUCUUGUCAAGUGUUCUGUCCAAAAUGAUAGACAACAUCAUGGACUAUGUUUCCAAGAUAGAAAUGGACCAGAUAGGGGACAGGAUAUGUAAUAGGCACAUAGAAGUCUGUACAAGAUACCAAAACACGAUCGCUUCUGCGUUGUAUUGUUUUAGAUAUGAUGUUAUCAACAUAUUCCAUAUGUAUUGGGUAAGGAUGAAUUCACAGAAAAGUAGUUUUGAAGUCCUGAAAAGCAUCAUAAGAAUUCGGGAGAUUUCAUCUAAAGGCGAUUUCAGAGUAGAAUUAAAGCAUGCGGAAAAGUUUCUAUACCAAUAUCUUGCAUCCAUGAUGGCAUCAAGGUGUCUGCACAGGAACCAGCCUAUCCAAUCAGACAUCUACCGCCUGUAUGAGGCCUCCCUUGACUCUGACCUUACCUCUAGCAGAUUAAAGUUGGCAUCCAUGAUGUACUGCAGUGGUCAGUACGAGAGGGCAGAAUUGGUUUUGGCUAUUACCGAGGGGCUGCUACAUGCCGAUGUGUGGCAGUUCACUCCGUGUGAGAAAAAUACACUACCUAAACCCACUCCGAGAUUUCUAGAAAAAGUGUAUAACUAUCCUGUUCUGGAAAUGAUAAAACGGCAUGUUUCAUGCUGCGUUGCCUUUAAUGCAUUAGAACUAUGUUGUGUACCUAAGUUCCUUGUAUACGAGAUGCAUAGAACAAUUGGACCUGAUGAUAUUCACGACAGACGACUAAUAGUCGAAAAUUGGAUGGACCUGAUAGUCAUUGAUUCAAAACCCUUUCUAUUUUACCUGCAGUACCUCACAUUCAGACAGCUGGGACAACAAGAAAACAAACGGCAAGCACUAGACAAAUUACUCAACUAUGUUUGUGUUGAGAGUAGAGCAUGUGGGAAUAUUGACACGGCUCUGCACGUACUUGGCCACUGCUAUGAACUUGAGAACCAAUAUAAAUUGACAUGGUCAUGCUACAGAAAAUCCCUUGAACUAUUACCUUACAAUAAUGCAGCUAGGUGGCAUAUGGCGUUGGCAUGUUACAGAGAAUUUUUGAAACAAUUUCUCGACAACAACGCAGGCAAAUAA